AUCUUUUUUUAAUCUUAAAACUUAGGUUUUCCUGUUUAAUUGUUAUUCUUCAGGCAAAUGUGUAAGUUUCAAAAGAAAAGAAAGAUUUGUUAACAUUUGCCUUAUUUUCAGUGAUGGAAGCAAAAUACAGCAUUUAUGUUUCAUGUCACAUGGCCGCUUCUAUCAUACUUCUGUGGGUCUGCACGAGAGUGUAUCUUCUGUGUGUGUUAGUAGUGUGGGAAAUCCAGUGUGAGAGAAGUCUGGGAGGGGCAUAGAGGGGGAGGCCCCUUCUGUCCCAUUGAUAACAGGUUCAUUCACAGAGGACCGUUUAAAACAGACUAAUCCCUUACGCAGUCAUUCGCUCUGCUCUGAUAGGACCCCUCCACCUCUUCUAGAAUUCGAAAGUCCAGUCAGGGGAGUUGGCAGGUUCCUGUGACCAGGGAAAGGGCUGCGUGGGACUGAUCCGUGGCCUUCAUCCGCAGAUCCAAGGAUGCUCCUCUCCUUGUGCUGCCUGCACUGAAGCCCCAGAAACCCCAGAAGAGUGGGAUGGCCACCGCAGGCAGGAAUCCUCCGAGGCCGCGGGCGUCGCCCUCGCCGCUGAGGCUGCUGCUGCUGCUGCUGGGAUGCUGCCUCCUCGCGGCUGCCCGGAAGGACAAGGGGGCUGCUGGUAGGGAGGCGGGCCCGGCCUCGGGCCCCACGGGCGGUUCCUCGGGUCGCUUCGUGAGCCCAGGGCAGCACGCGUGCAGCUGGCAGCUCCUGGUGCCAGCCCCGGGGACGCCGACGGGCGGCGAGCUGGCCCUGCGCUGCCAGGCCCCGGGCGGGGCUCGCCUGCAUUGCGCCUACCGCGGGCAUCCCCAGCGCUGCGCGACCUCCGGCGCCCGGCGCUCACACUACUGGAGGCGGCUGCUGGGCGCGCUGCGUAGGAAGCCGCAACCCUGCCUGGACCCCGCGCCGCUGCCACCGCGCCUGUGCGCCCGCAAGAAGCCGGGCGCCGAGCUACACCCACCCGCCCACCCCACCCUGUCGGCGCGUCCAGCCGAGCAGCCCCGGCCCAGAGCGCGGAGCCGGGCUCGGCCGCGACAGCCGGUGCGCUCCCCGAGCUCGCCGCCCGAGGAGAAGCCCUCGAGGGCGAAGACCAGCGCGGGCGGGAGGAAGGCGGGCUCGGACCGGGUCCCGGAGCCUCCCGCCGUGGCCGAGCUCCAGCCCGACGGGCUGGACCAGAACGCCGAGCUCACCGAGACCUACUGCGCCGAGAAGUGGCACUCCCUCUGCAACUUCUUUGUCAAUUUCUGGAAUGGCUGAGGUUGCGGGCCUGGCGGGGGCACCAGGGGCCGCUGCCGCGGAACAGAGAGCACUGAAGCCGGGGCGGGAGGCUCGGGGCGUCUUAGACCGUGGGAACCGGGAUGGAGAGUAGGCAGGAGUCCGGGUUUCCAAGAUGGGGCAGGGGUCAGGGUAGGGAGAAUCUGAGACAGCAGAGGAGUACACGUUUUGAAGCAUCUCAGUUCUGACUUAAGAGCAGAAGAAGUAGUGGAAACGGAUAGGUUUAUAUUAAGUUUGCAAAAACUGUAGACUAGAGAGAGAAGCUGAAAAUAGGGACUGCCGUGACUAAAGAGGUGCGAAUCUCUCCUAUGAAGUGAGAUACAAAGUCUAUUAACACAUUAUUAUUAAAAUGUAACUGUGAGUAAGAGCCCCAGCCAGGCUGAACUGUUCAGUCUUCUUGGCUGACAAGUUUUUCUCCCCACCCAUUUUUCUGGAUUGUUACCAACUCUGGGUGUGACAGCACCACACUUUCUAUGUGGAUUGAACCUUAUAGGUAAAAAAUAAAUCCAAGAAUGGGUUAUCAGGACAACUGCAUUUCAGUUCCUUUAGCGUUGCUACUUUGCAACUGAAUUUCGAAUAUACUGCCCUGAAAGUUCCUUAACUACCUAAAAUCAGAAGUGAAUUUUAGAAGUUCAGUGCUCUCUAGAUCAUCAAAUACAAAUGAAAAUCCCAAGUCUUUACAUUUGAUCACUCUUUUAAAACUCAGAUAAAAUGUAGACGUGUAUCUCAGUUGUUGGGCCCUUAUCUCUUGUGUAAUUAAAUUUAAUUUUUCAUUUUUAAUAUGAUGUAAUGAUCAUCUUUAAUAAAAAAACUGGCUGGACUUAGAAAAUGAUAAAACGA